AUGAAUGGAACAGCUGGCGCCUAUGCGGACCGACGUUAUCCCGAUGACUUGGCUGAUCUACCGAGCUUCUGUCUUUUGCUAACCACGCUCAUAUCUAGCAACCCCAAUCCGUUGAGGGAACGAACAAACGGCGAGCUUAGGGACGAUGUCCACAGGUUUCACCGCGACCACCAACUGGAGGAUGUGGUCGAUGUUAAGCUACUCAUUAAUGGAGCGCUCAUAGCCCGGGAUCGGUCGAACGUAGAAACUUGUGACCUGACCGUCCCCGAAAAGCUUGCCAUAGAGUCCGAGCCGCGUUUAGGGCUCUUCCAACAGACGAAGGAGCUCAAGGUAGUCAUCCUUACUACUGCAUGCGCCGCGAUUAUCCAAGGCUGGCAACAGUCAACCAUCAAUACCAGUUCCAAUGGGUGGAAAUGCGACCUUCUCUUCGACUCGAAAACAAGGAAAAGCGAUAUUUCACUAAACACGUAUCACAGCUACAUUGCUUCUUUAACUGAUGCAGCACCAUGGAUAUCAGCAAGUAUCAUCGGGACAUGGCUAAGUGAUCCCUUACAAGAAACCAAAUAUGGCCGCCGCCCCGCCCUUUUUAUAUCAGCAAUACUCUGUGCAGCUUGUGCAAUUGGGACCGCCCAUUGUCCUACUUGGCAGACACUCCUGGUCUGUCGUCUCCUACUUGGGAUUGGGAUCGGAGCAAAAGCUUCUAUUGCUCCUGUCUUUGCAGCAGAGGCAGCAGCAGAACACCUACGAGGCCGCCUGCUGAUGAUGUGGCAACUAUUUGACACGUUUGGGAUCUUCGUCGGGUUUGUCUGCUACUGGAUCUUCGACCGCAGCUGGAGAGGGAUUUUAGGGAGCGCUGCAGUUCCGGCACUGGCCCUCGUUCUGGUAUUUUUGUGCCCCGAGUCGCCGCGGUUCCUCAUACGAAAGCGCAACUACGCCAAAGCAUUCAUCAGUCUCCGUCAAUUGCGAGGAACAGACAUCCAGGCCGCCAAAGACCUGUACUACAUCCACAGCCAGCUGCAAAUAGAAACCGAGCUGUUCCAGGGUCAGCGACCAGAGCAAUGGUGGCGAGCAGAUUUGUACCAGGACGCGGUCGAGUCACAAACAUUCUUCCAGAGGGUUCGGGCUCUUUUUACGGUUCCACGCAAUCGUAGAGCCUGUGUAGCGGCAUUCGUGGUGAUGGCGGCCCAGCAGCUUUGUGGGAUUAAUGUCAUUUCAUUUUAUUCUUCGGACCUCUUCCAUAGUGCAACAUCGCAGGAUGAAAAAAUUCGCCAGCUCGAUUGUACACCUCCAGGAAGGAAUAACCCGGUUGCUUGGCUCAACUUCGGAUUUGGGUUGGCCAAUUUUCUAUUUACGAUCCCUGCCUAUACAUUCAUUGACUGGAGGGGUCGCCGGGUUCUUUUGUUAAUCUCUCUCGGCGGAAUGUUCUUUACUCUUCUUGCGAUCUGUGGCUUUUUCCGUAUUACAGGAUCCGACCAAGAGCGAGAAGGCCUAAUAACCGCUUUCACGAUUGUCGUUUUCACUCUCUUUUAUGGCAUUGGUGCCGGACCAGUCCCCUUCACCUUCAGUGCCGAAGUGUUUCCCCUGGCUUUUCGAGAGGUUGGCAUGAGCUUCAGCGUCAUGGUCAAUUUUCUCGGUCUGAGUCUUUUGAUCCUGUUCAAUCACGUCUCAGCUCUACGGGCUUUUAUGGGAACGGUUUCAGACGACCUGGAGGAGUUUCUUGAUGAUAUUGAGGUUGUGCAGGAGAUCCUGAUGGCACUGACGCCGGAUAUGCUUAAGGUGCUCAGUCUGCCGUUGGUAGAGCGCCGAUUGCAGAGAUUCCAAGCGGACCUGACAGUACUUGCAUCUGUGAUACAAAGCGAACGGGACCGCGUCGCAAAUCGAAGAUUGGCAAAGUUCAAGCUGUUUUUGAAAAAGGACAGACUGCAGAAGCAGAGGGAGAGCCUCGAAAAUAUCAGAAAUCAGCAGACUUACUUCAGGUUGGUGGAUAUGCUCCGUGUCUUGUUGCAAGUUCUGGUGCUUCCUCUCGCUUCUCGUGUACUGAGCAGUCUAUAUCAUAGUGCCCAUGUUCGAAAUUUGCGUUUGAUAGAGGAUUCAGCAAGUAAGACUGAUAUGAACACGGCAACUCUUCAAGCGUCAAUGACCUGCGACAGCAAUACUCGACGGCCAAAAGAUCUCCAGCACAUGUACGCUCGUAAGACUCGAGGGAGUAAAAACUUCUCGUUCCGCACACCCCUUUUUAUUGUCGACAAGUUCUGGAAUAUAAGCAUCACUGGAAUCACCUCGGGCUGGAAUUUCAGCAUUCGGUCGUAUAACGUCAUACCGGAUGACUCUGCAAUUAUCAGCUACUGUGCAGAUGGCAACAUUGAAGAAAUUCAACGACUGUUCGACAAUCGUCUUGCAUCUCCAUUCGACUGUGACAACCUUGGAUGGACGUUGCUCCAUAUAGCUGCUGGUUAUCACCAAGUGGAGGUUUGCAAGUUCCUAUUGCGGAACGGUGCCGAUCCUAGCGUGAGGAACUGCGACGGAGAUACCGCUUUGGAGUUAGGUAAUAGGUCCUUCAUUCUGUGGAAACCACAGAAUCCGCCCUGUGCUAUUGAUCUUUAUCGUCUGCUCAUCAGGGACAAUCAAGAUGUGCUGUUUGAGAAGCCCGACAGUACAUUGGUUGGCAGGUCUCAGUUUGCAGGACCCCCUGAAGCCCUUACACUGAUUCAGGAGUCCUUGUUUGUUAACUACUCUUCCCUACCUAUUGAAUUUCGUUUCACGCGAGCAAUGUCCCUAGAAGGCGAGUAUUUCAGCUGGAUCAGCCCAGAUAUACUUCGCAUCGCAAUGGGCGGUGAUGGCAUCGACCCUGCUGCCUAUAAUCUAACCGACGAGUGUGGAAAAACCUUGCUGUUUCAAGUCGUGGCAUUCAUGGCAAUGAAUAUCGCACGUUCGAAGGAUGACAGCAUAUCGGGUUGGCGUGAGUUACUCAGGGAGGCGAUCCAGGCCGGGGCAGAUCUGUGCCAGAUAUCAACCGAGGACGGCUAUCACUACACGCCCUUGAUGGAAUUUUUCUAUUCUUACACAAUUUACUCGGGGAACAUAAGGCAAGCGAGAUAUAAUUUUCACCAUAUACUCCAGCGUUGGGCGCUCGAGCUGCAGUCAGCAGGUGUUGAUCUAGCUGUUUACGGAGCUAAGGAAAGUGCUCUUUGGAAAUCCGGUGCCGUUGGCUCUUCUCUCUAUAUCUACGUGUCUUCUUCACGUUCUCGCCCGUCCCAACCCGAUCAAGUGGGAGAAUGGCUGGAGGUUCACCUGUUCUCCCUGAGCUAUGGUCCCAAUCCGGAAGAUUGGCAUGUACGGGUCGCCAAUCCAGUGGACGAGCUGGUGGGAGAAUUCUGGGAAAUGAUAGAGAGGGAGGAGGAAAAUAUGCCGGGCACAUGGGUCGAGUGA